AUGGUACAACUCUUUCUGCUAAGUGCACAAAGUGAUCGUUUGAGGAAGCUAAUUGUGGAUCUCGAGGCUCCUAGAUUCGACAGUGGGUCUAUACUUAGCCAAGAUCCUGCUAUAUCCUACAUUUGGUCUGAGAAAAAUUUAAAUGCUGAUCAGCGCAGGGCAAUUAUCAAGAUUCUCACAGCUAAAGAUUACGCUCUUAUUCUGGGAAUGCCUGGGACUGGAAAAACGUCCACUAUGGUAUACGCUGUCAAGGCUUUGUUGAUGAGAGGAGCAUCUGUCCUGCUUACAUCAUACACUAACUCGGUUGUUGAUAAUCUGCUUAUCAAACUAAAAACUCAGGUUAUUUCUGUUUUUACUACAUCCUGUAAAGAAAACGAAUGUAAUUGGUCUCCCAGUUUAGCAGUUAUAUGA